GCGCACAUUCCUUUUGUCCAAGAUGGCGGAAUAGAUGCAGCUGAGGGGACGCUAAUGUUUGUCGUUUUAUUUUUAUCCGUGAAAUACAACAUCCAGGCGAGCGUUUUCACGUGCAAACGUUAGCUAAGAUCCUCCUCACGGAUGUGCAAAAUCUCUUGGAGCCGUGAGAUUUCACCUCGGAGCUGAUUUUAUAUUUUCGCGGCGGGAGCAUCACUGUAAAAUGAAGCGGCAGGCCGAGCGCGACGCGAGUCCGUCCAGAACGCUCGCCAAACGCGUCCGCGAACGGGACCGAGAGCGCGAACCGAACCCGCCGCUUGCUCUGCUGCUUGCCGAGAGCCGAAACUAUCACAAACGAAGCCGCAGCCGAGAGCGGGAAAAACCGCGCGUCCGUGAGGAGAGAGAGAGUCUGCAUCACCGCCCGCAUCAUGAACUGGGUCUGCUGGGUCGAGCCCCUCUCCGAACUACAUCAGUCCUGCCUAAAGGUAAGACCCCAUCUGCAGACACGGUGGGUGCACGACUAGAAUACAAGACACUACUUAUCAGCAACCUUGGAUCGCAGCUUUCUGAUGAACAUGUAGAGGACGGACUGUUUCAUGAGUUUAAAAAGUUUGGGGAUGUGAGCGUCAAGCUGUCUCAUACGCCAGAACUUGGACGUAUUGCCUACGUAAACUUCAGACACACGGAAAACGCGCGGGAAGCGCGUCAUGCCAAAACCAGGUUGGUGCUAUAUGACCGUCCACUUAAAGUUGAACCCAUGUAUAUGCGGCGUCGCAGUGUCACGCCUCCAGAUGUGAGUUAUGUGUCUCUGCAUAGUGCUGCUUACACUUACAGACAGCGGUCACUUUCACCGGGUGCUGGAAGUAGCGCCCUUCGAGAUAUAAGACCUAGGCAUUAUGUUGAAGGCAUGGGACUCAGCAGGGAACGUGUUUUGGACUAUUACAGCGCUUUGGAGGAGAGAAGCCGUGCGUAUGCGUAUCAGGUUCCUGAGGAAGACUUAAAACCAGAGGACGAUCAGAGAGCCACGAGGAAUUUGUUCAUCGGCAACUUGGAUCAUAAUAUUUCUGAGGUGGAACUACGACAAGGAUUUGACAAAUAUGGAAUUAUUGAGGAAGUCGUUAUCAAGCGGCCUGCUCGUGGACAAGGGGGUGCUUAUGCUUUUCUUAAAUUUCAAAACUUGGAUAUGGCUCACCGAGCCAAAGUGGCCAUGCAAGGACGUAUGAUUAACGGCAACCCGAUUAAGAUCGGAUACGGGAAGGCGAAUCCAACGACUCGACUCUGGGUGGGCGGGCUUGGCCCGAAUACCUCACUGGCUGCUUUAGCCCGCGAGUUUGAUCGCUUUGGGAGUAUUCGCACCAUAGACUAUGUGAAGGGAGAUAAUUUUGCUUACAUUCAUUACGAGAGCCUGGACGCAGCUCAGGCUGCUUGCGCGCAAAUGCGCGGCUUCCCUCUGGGUGGUCCGAAUCGCCGUCUUCGUGUGGAUUUUGCUAAAGCUGAGGAGACGAGGGCGUACCCUCAACAAUACCAGCCGCCUUUGCUCCCACCUCCACAUUACGAUGUUCUAGCUGACGGAUAUGGACGCCAUCACAGCCUGGAGCGAGAACUGAGAGCGAGAGCUCGCUCACCCUCACACCCCUUGUUCACAGAGCGAGACCGAGAGCGACUUUCGGACCGGGACUGGAGUCCACCGAAAGGCCUAGAGCGGCGAGCAAACCCAGAGGCGUUUGGCCGGGUCAGGCAGCGGAGCCGUAGUCGUAGCCGAAGCAGAGAGCGUUGGCUAAAAGACAGAGAACUAGACCGCGGGAAAAACUGGGAGGAACGGCGCAAGCGGAGAAGCCUCAGUCCCACUGAGCGUCCUGCUGAGGAACGUGGAAGGUCAAAACUCAGAGGCGGGGCGCCGUCUACUCCUGAAGACAGCCCGGAUAGGGGGCGCGGGCGUCUCCCGGACUCCACUUCAGAACCUCUCGAUCACACGCCCGACAUCAGCAGACACUCCAGCGAUGAACGUCCUGCGCAGGAAGAACCUUCGCACCCGAGAAAGGACGAGCGCGAUCGCAAUCACCGCAAAAGCGAGAGCGAUCCUGACUCGCAGACGGACAAGUCCAAAACAGACUCUAAAAAGCCUACCACGCUUUCUGAAUACGCCCAGACGUUGAGUCGUGUGUGGCACGGUUCUCUCGUUCUUAAAAACAGCAGCUUCCCCACGAACAUGCACAUGCUCGAAGGAGGCGUGAAUUUUCUCAACGCCCUCAUGAGAGACAACCAAGCAGGGGGUUCAAAGAUCACGCAGCUUAAAAUUGCUCAGAGGCUGAGGUUGGAUCAGCCUAAAUUGGACGAAGUGACUCGACGCAUCAAGCUAGGCAGCCCGGACGGCUAUGCCGUCCUCCUUGCCGUCCAGGGACCCAUGGACCGCGACGCCCCUCCUCCAGAACCGGGUCUUCAACAGCGUCUUCUCCGCAAUCUGGUGACGUACCUCAGGAACAAGCAGGCAGCAGGAGUCAUCGGCUUGCCCCUCGGUGGCCCCAAAGAACGAGAGAUGGGGGGAAUGUUGUACGCCUUUCCUCCGUGUGACUUCUCACAGCAGUAUCUCCAAACUGCUCUGAAAACUCUUGGGAAACUUGAGGAGGAGCACCUGGUCAUCGUAGUCGUUAGAGACUCACCUUAACACUUCAGUUCCAACUCUAAAACGUUCCACAGAUUUUAUGCCUUUUAUGAUUUUAGGAUGGAUGUACCUUUUUACUUUAAUACUCCCACACUUGAUCAACGUUUCCUUAAAACGUUUUGGGAAUUGAAUAGCAUCCCCAGAGAAGUUGUUUUAUAAACUUACAAAUGAGUUUUCUCUCAGCAGUGUUCAAAAUGUUCCAUUUGGUUCUAUUUAAAAAUGUUUUUUUAUUACUGCAUGCACAAGAAAUUUGACUGACGUCCUGUUCCGGUGGUUCACUCUACUGGACCUUAUUUUUAAAACUCAAACUUGUGUGAAUUGUCUCAUUCAAUAUUCUCAUUUCAUCAAGGUCUGUCCGAAAUUUAAGUAUAAUAAUUUGUAAUUGGCUUUUAACUCCAUAACGCAUUCGGUAACAGUUCUUCCCUCCUGUAUUACAUCCGCUGUCCGUUUCACAACCCCUAGGUUUGUUUUCAGAAAUAAAACAGUACUUGACAAGGCAGUAUGUUCAGUUCAGGUGAGGCGUUUGUGUCAUAACCGACAGCAUCUACCUCUAACCAUGUAACACAUCAGGUAUGCUUGACAAAAUGAAGUUAGUCGUUGAGCCCACUGCAUUUUUAUUAUUAUAUGUUGUUACAAAUAUACACCUGCAGCACUAACAGGUCAAGUGACCAUACUUGUAACUUACUGAGCGAGUACUGUACCGAUCCAAACACACUAAUGUUGGUAAACGUUACGAACACUACGGUUGUACACAGGAAUGUCUUUCAAAGCCUUAGCUGUUUUUCGAACUGCCCUCCACUGAAUGACUAUCUGCCAAGUCAUUUUAUCCCAUUGAGCCAAUUGAUUUUAAACAAGUGCUAUUCUAAAAUGCCCAGCGAUUUAAACUCACAAUGUAUGGACCUUGAAACAAGUGUUAUUUUCAGAUUUUAGUGGGGUUUGAAAGUCCACCCGCCAACACUACAAGCCUUUGCACUGAACGGUAAUUUUCCAUUGUUUAAUCAUGUUUUCUUUUAUCACUCCUUUUUUGUAAUACUUUUUUCUAGAAGUCUUCUGUCUGUAUGCUAAACAUGUAUGGCGCAUAAAAAAGAAGUAAACAUUUCAUGUUCUUGUUUUUAAA